CGUCCAAACGCUGAAGCCAUCAUCAUGGACAUACUCCUCUCGCUCCCCGUUCUAUCGUACUUUUUUGCACCGUCCAUGACUUCAUGGUCGACGUCGCUGAACCUACUCUUUUUCUACAUGACAUGGACGACACUGGUCUUGUCCCACAGCCCACUGCGCAUCGAACUGGUGGGCAUGUUGGCCAUCCGCAUAGCGCUAUUCCUCGUUCCGUCACUCGUAUCACUACUGUUCGACACCCUAAUCCCCAGCCUGGCUGAAAGCAUCAAGUUCGAGGGCGCCUCAUCGCUACCCCCUCGGGACGCCUCCCAACUGGCCCGCACGCUCGGCCUGGUGCUAGUGAACCUCGCGCUCGAAACCUCAGUCCAGGCCGGCAUCAGCACGUCCUUCGCGCUCCUCACCAAAAGCCCACUGCUGCAGACCUCGACGACGCUGCCGCUGCCCUGGGCCAUCAUCAAGCACGCGGGCGCGAUGCUGGCAGCCCGCGAGGUCCUCACCUACCUGAUCCACCGCUACGUGCUCCACAACCGUAAGGAUGGCGGGCGGGUUGCGCGGUGGCACGGCACGUACGGCGCGCACGCCCGGAGCGGCGGCGCCGCGCCCUAUUCGCUGCUGCUGUGCGCCGACCACCCCGUCUCGUUCCUGCUGCACCGCUUCGUCCCGCUCUACCUACCGGCGCUGGUGCUGCGCCCGCACCUGCUCACCUUUCUGCUCGUCGCCGCGCUCGCCACCGCCGAGGAGACGCUCGCCAUGUCAGGGUACAGCGUCGUGCCGGGCAUCUUGAUGGGUGGCAUCGCGCGGCGCACGGCUGUGCACUGCUGCUGUGGUGGUCCUGGUGGGGGCAGGCAGCAGGGGAAUUUUGGUGCGUGGGGGCUUCUGGAUUGGGUCUGCGGCACCAGCAUCGGGAAGGAUGUCAUGGCGGAUGUCAGGGACGAGGCGGAGAAGCACCGCGUCAAAGAGAGGGGGGAGAAGGCGGCGAGCGAUGGGGUUGGGAUGAUCCAGGAUCGCAAGUUACGCACACAAGCACUCACAUCACUUCAAAACUUCCUCUCGUCAAGAAGGUCAACAAACGCACUGGGACCCGUCGAGGUCCUGAAGCUAUGGAAAGGUCUCUACUACGCAUUAUGGAUGUGCGACCGUGCCAUCCCGCAACAAAACCUCUGCAACGACCUCGCCGGCCUGAUGCACCAGCUCCCCCGCGAAUCGGUCAUCCCCUGGCUGCGCGGCUUCUGGGCGACCAUGGCGCGCGAAUGGACCAGCAUCGACGUCCUGCGGAUGGAAAAGUUUCUGCUGCUGGUCAGGCGAGUCCUGGGCGCCAGCUUCUCCUGGAUGAAGCGCGAGCAGGAGGGGGACAAUGGCGGCAAGAAGAGGAAGAAGACGUCGGCGGAGGGGAGGUGGCACCAGGACAGGGUCGAUGACGUCUUGACGCUGCUGCGGGAGUGGCCAUUCUCGACGGCCGAGGAGAUCGAAGCGAGAGAGGCGCUGGUUGCAAAGGGCGAGCACAGGGAUCUGGUCCCGCCGACGGUCGCGGCCGGCCUGAGGAUACACGUGCUCGAUAUAUGGGUGGACGAGGCCGAGAAGAUCGGGCUUGUGGACGCCGAGGACGACGAGGAGGCCCCCAAGAUACUAGAGCGCAUAAAUGCGCUGGUGGAGGCGCUUCACAAGGAGACCGAGACGACGUCGGUCAAGGUCCGCGCAAACGAGGCAUUGAAAGAUGAUAGGCUACCAUGGAACAAGGGCAUAGUCGAUGCCGGGGCUGAUGAUCAGGAUGGCGGUGGCAGUUGGGACGGUUUCGACGAUUAG